CGCGGCGACGACGAGUCCGACUCGCACACUCGUCAGUUAGUCGCGAGCAUUCGCCGGCAGGCAGUGGAUAGUAUGUGCGGAUAGUGCGGAACAUGGCUGCUAAGUACUUGAAAUCUUUGGCCAAAGCCGAAUUCAAGGCCUUCCUCGAGUCGUUCGAUUUCGUGCUGUCCGAUUGCGAUGGUGUGCUGUGGAGGGAGAAGGAGGUGAUCAAGGGCUCGCCCGAGACAGUCGCCAGGUUCAAAGAGUCGGGCAAGAAAUUCUUUUACAUCACCAACAACAAUUGCAAGACGAGGGCGGAACUCGUCGACAAGUGCAAAAGUCACACUUACGAGGCCGCCGUGGAGGAAAUUUUGUGCACUUCGUACUUGGCGGCGGUCUAUCUCAAGGAGCAGAACUUUAAGAAAAAAGCCUACGUUAUCGGCAGCGAGGGCAUCACCAAAGAGCUCGAUGCUCAGGCUAUCAAGCACUGCGGCCUCGGGCCGGACCCAAUCGAAGGCGAUGAGCUGGACAUGUUGAUGAAUUUCAAGAAAGACCCGGAAGUCGGUGCUGUGGUCGUCGGCUUCGACAAGCACUUCAGCUACCCGAAGCUCGUCAAAGCCGCGACUUACGCUCACGAUCGGGGGAAUCACUUUAUCGGCACAAAUCCGGACUUCGAGAGGCCGUCGCCCAACGAAAAUCUCUUUCCAGGUGCCGGAUGUUAUCUACUGGCGAUCGAAGCUGCCGCGGGAAGGAAAGCCGUUGUUCUGGGAAAACCCGAGCCGUUCGUCAGCGAGCUCAUCAGGAAAAAGUACGGAGUUAAUCCUGCUCGGACUCUUAUGAUCGGGGACAAUCUCAGUACGGACAUUCUCUUGGGCAAACGUUGUGGGUUCACGACUCUUUUGGUCAUGUCUGGCAUCACCACGAAAGAAGAGCUCGAGAAGCAGCGACGAGACUCCCCUAACUCGAUUCUACCCGAUUUCUACGCCGAUCAGCUGUCCGACGUUCUCGACUGCCUGCAAACCUCUUGAUCCUCACAUCGGUGUAUAAUACUAUCGGCAUUUCUGAACAAGAGAUUGUUACUUUGCUUGGCCCGACGAUUUUUUUUUUUUAUUUCAUAUCAACGCAGUAUUAUAACAAAUGCCUAUUUACGUUGUCUAUCAACUACGUACGUAUUUAGGAGAAAGAACAGGGGACAAAUGAAAGACCUCAAGAAUUAUCCAACUGGAUUGCUCUUAUUUGAGCUGCCCGACGUUCAGCGAGAAAUUGCAGGCCAAAGUCACACAGAAGCGCAGCAGCUGCUGGCCUUGAUGCGCGAUUCCAAAAUAAUUUCCAUUGCCUCGUUCGCGCUUCUACUUAUACAUCACUGCUCGUGGUGGGGAGCACGGAUGUGUAUAUGAAUUAGGUAGAUCGCUCUAUGAUUGUAUUUUUUUCCUCCUUUUCUCACUCACUUAUAAACAGUAAUGCAUAUUUGAGUAAACUAUGUAAUGGAGUAUCAAGUUGUCAUUACACGGUAAUGACAUCGAGCCGUGAUUGUAUGACUGUUUUAUUUUAAGCGAAAAUUGUCCAAGUGCAGAAAGAUCGCGGUAGUACGCGUUGGUACAUGAUCUACAACUCAUGAAUGGAGUUUGGCUAGCAUAUGGCCAUACCUUUAGUUACAGGAAAAAAUUGCAAAAGGCUAUAUUUUUUGUAUGUAAUUCAAGUCUUUUACUCAUAGUCUUGUAUUUUUACAUAACUAAUAUUAUGUAUUAUUCUCUUAUACAACUUGUAUUUGUAAUUAUCAAUCUGAUUUUCAAUCAUUAUUCAAAGAUACUUAUAUUUACAUACUGAAA